AUGUCGUACAGAACCGUCCCGCCUUCUCCACCUGUGCGUCUGGACUCUGAAGCAGCACUUUCCAAACCAGCAGCAAACCAGAACUACUCAGUCCAGACCAGGAUCCGGCCGGCCAAACACGGGAUCGCGGUGUCGUUGCGUUUGGUGGAUGCUAGUGUAGCAUCAGUUUGUAAAAAGCGAGAAGCGAAACCUGUCGUGUGGGUGUCUCCGAGCGCUCGCCACAUCCAAGAGACCGAGGUUACGACUGGAGAGGAUUCUGGGAACUGUAGCAAAGAACGAGAUAUUAACCAGGGGGACUACAUCGACGUGACGCAGGCGGCCAUGUUGUUUGGGAACACACAUUUGUUGAAUCAGAAAGAGACACAGCAGGUGAGCAGCGUGCAGACGAUCACGCUCUCACAACCGCGAACAAUGGAUCCUCAGAGACCGAGGCCCCUGACCACGUUCAGCUCCGUGAGGCCACCUCCGAGGCCGCAGCCCGACCGCAGCUCGCUGCCGCCUUUGCUAGCGCCUUCGCUAGCGCCUUCGCUAGCGCCUUCGCUAGAGCCUUCGCUAGCGCCUUCGCUAGCAUCUUUGCUGGAGCCUUCGCUAGAGCCUUCGCUAGAGCCUUCGCUAGCGCCUUCGCUAGCAUCUUUGCUGGAGCCUUCGCUAGCACCUUCGCUAGCGCCUUCGCUAGCGCCUUCGCUAGCGCCUUCGCUAGCAUCUUUGCUGGAGCCUUCGCUAGAGCCUUGGCUAGAGCCUUCGCUAGAGCCUUCGCUAGCACCUUCGCUAGCAUCUCCCGACACUAAGCACCAUUCCAGUUUGGACUCGACCAAAGCCUCGGCGUCUGUGCAGCGUCCUGUCGGCAAAGCGUCCAGAGCUCAGGGGCUCAGGGGGAAGUACCGGGACUCAUACCAAGCAGCGAUCCAGCAAACCAUGAGGAAGACCAUGUGGAAGACCAUGUGCUCUGUGGUGGAGGAAGAGUCUGACCCUAACACCACAGAGCAGAGAGGGACUCACAGGGACCCUAACAUCACAGAGCAGAGAGGGACUCACAGGGACCCUAACACCACAGAGCAGAGAGCGACUAACAGGGAUCCUAACACCACAGAGCAGAGAGCGACUCACAGGGACCCUAACACCACAGAGCAGAGAGCGACUCACAGGGAUCCUAACACCACAGAGCAGAGAGGGACUCACAGGGACCCUAACACCACAGAGCAGAGAGGGACUCACAGGGACCCUAACACCACAGAGCAGAGAGCGACUCACAGGGACCCUAACACCACAGAGCAGAGAGCGACUCACAGGGACCCUAACACCACAGAGCAGAGAGCGACUCACAGGGACCCUAACACCACAGAGCAGAGAGCGACUCACAGGGAUCCUAACACCACAGAGCAGAGAGGGACUCACAGGGACCCUAACACCACAGAGCAGAGAGCGACUCACAGGGAUCCUAACACCACAGAGCAGAGAGCGACUCACAGGGACCCUAACACCACAGAGCAGAGAGCGACUCACAGGGAUCCUAACACCACAGAGCAGAGAGGGACUCACAGGGACCCUAACACCACAGAGCAGAGAGGGACUCACAGGGAUCCUAACACCACAGAGCAGAGAGGGACUCACAGGGACCCUAACACCACAGAGCAGAGAGGGACUCACAGGGAUCCUAACACCACAGAGCAGAGAGGGACUCACAGGGACCCUAACACAACAGAGCAGAGAGGGACUCACAGGGACCCUAACACCACAGAGCAGAGAGCGACUCACAGGGACCCUAACACCACAGAGCAGAGAGCGACUCACAGGGAUCCUAACACCACAGAGCAGAGAGCGACUCACAGGGAUCCUAACACCACAGAGCAGAGAGCGACUCACAGGGACCCUAACACCACAGAGCAGAGAGGGACUCACAGGGACCCUAACACCACAGAGCAGAGAGCGACUCACAGGGACCCUAACACCACAGAGCAGAGAGCGACUCACAGGGACCCUAACACCACAGAGCAGAGUCUCUGUGAACAAAGCCGACAGACGAACAGCUGUUUCAGAGCAGGUCAGAACAGCGCCCCCUGUGUGGAGGACAGCGGUGGUGUCGCGGCAAAGCUAGAAGCUAGCAUCGCGCCGAGCACUAGCGAGCUGCCUCCCAGAGCAGCAGGAGGUUUCAGCAGGAGGAGCUCGGGGGACGGCCGCUGCUCCUCCCUGUCCACGGCGGUGGUGGACACCUCAGAGCAGUGUGAAGUGGUGAUGGUGGACGGGCAGAAGGUUCGCAGGAAGCAGAACGCUGAGCCCGGCGUGCCACAGCUGCACGUGGUCAAGUGCAAGAACAGCACCGCCUUUAGACUGGUGUCGCCCAAGACCAGCAGGAGAAGACCCCCCACAGGACCAGGAGACCCUGUGCUCCAGGGAGACCCUGUGCUCCAGGGAGGCCCUGUGCUCCAGGGAGACCCUGUGCUCCAGGGAGGCCCUGUGCUCCAGGGAGACCCUGUGCUCCAGGGAGGCCCUGUGCUCCAGGGAGGCCCUGUGCUCCAGGGAGGCCCUGUGCUCCAGGGAGACCCUGUGCUCCAGGGAGGCCCUGUGCUCCAGGGAGGCCCUGUGCUCCAGGGAGGCCCUGUGCUCCAGGGAGGCCCUGUGCUCCAAGGAGUCGCUGCUCUCACAGGAGGCAGAGACAGAGGGGGCAGGGCGGUGGUGGAGGUGUACGGGGACCAUCCAGGCUGGAGAGGAGCCGUGACCAGUCAGGAGCUGUUCAAAGUGCUGCUGUACUUCUACUCCAUCACCAGGGAGGUCCAUGAGGCCGGUUUGACUGUUCUCUUUGAUGCGAGGAAGUGCAGUCCUCAGCCUCAACUCUACAAGGCCCUGAUGACUGUGGAGGAGCUGUGUCCUCGCUCUGUUCACACUCUGCUGCUGUUGGUCAACAAGGAGAACAAGCAACGACCAGAGAGGUGCCCAGGAAUCCAGACUGAGAUCCUGACGUCCAUGAAGAGUGUGGUGAAGCUGGUGGAGGGGGGUCAGCUGAGCUGUCGGCUGAACGGCACUCUGCCACAGGGCGGCUGCGACUGGUCCUCGCUGCACCAGAAGUUGUUUCCUUUCGUGUGUGACCUUCAUGAGUCUCUGGAUCUGCUGCUCAGAGCCAUCAGUCGACUGAAGGAGCCCAAGACCCUCUCUGUGCAGGUCUGUGGUUACAGCCUGUGGUUACGGUCCCACCUCGUGACGUCUGUGGUUACGGUCCCACCUCGUGACGUCUGUGGUUACGGUCCCACCUCGUGA